CCUAGUGGGACGGCCGUGCUCCUCUGCUUGGCUUGCAGUCUCUGCUGCACUCCUGUUAUUGUGUAUGUGUGUAUGAGAGAAAGAGAGAGAAACACCACUUGAAUACUUUACACUACUCGAGAAAUUCGCGGAGGAACGAAUCUGUGGAUUUGACGACAAGAGAGAAGAAUGAGCUGAAUGGAGAGACGUGUUAUUUUUAAAGGUAGAGGGUAGAGUCUCUGGUUGCCUGUACUUCCAACCAGCGUUGAAGCUCGCUGAGCUAACAGGCUAACCGGGAAUGUUUUCAGAAACUAGCUAGUUAGUUAGCCGGCUAGCUAGCAUUGUAGUCUGGAGCAAUGCGCCGUGUAGAUUUAACAGCCACACCGAUACUCGUAUCUUUGUGUGCAGUUUGUGAGGGAACUGUGGCAGUGUCUCGAAGUGUAGGUAUGUGUAAAUGUCCAGAGCUCAAGUGGCCGCUCGGCUCUUAAUUUCCAGUAGGGACAAUAGUUGUAGCUGUCCAGGCAACAAGUCGGAAAUACAUCGCAGCUUUAACGUUAAGUUUGUACUUUGUGCGGUGCUGUGUUUGUUUGUCGCUGACUUGAAAUCAACACUCUGUGUGACAACGAUGGCACAUGGCUUAGUGAAGGUGGCAUUACACAGAGGCAACUAGGGUGCGUCUUGAGAUGCCCGAAUUUGAGAGCACCGGGUCACUCUCCUCUAUAGGAAAACCUGCUGUCAGCUAGUCGAUACCACUAUUGACGAGGAGACGAGGUGGAUGAACUUUAUAAAUCGCCCACAUGCGUUGGAUCAGUUCCCGGACUUGUGAAAGGCAUCUGAAGCAGAAGGAGGGAGACGUGAACGCACAGCCCUUGCAGCCCGGGGGAAGAUGGCGGAACGCUCCCGCUGGAGGUGGUGAAACCAAAACUUUGGGACUUCUUGGAUUCAGUGCCGCAUAUCUCAUCCCAAACUGUAGGACACAUGCAGGCCAAAAAACGCUACUUAAUCCUGUUCUCCACCGGCGCGUGUCUCAUACUGUUGUUUUGUUUAGGGGGGAUACAAGUCCCCCUAUCCAGACGGGGUCCCGGCCGGCCUCAUGACCGCAGACUCUCCGGUUAUGGCCCCGGGGCGCGAUGGCGUCACAUGUCGGGGUACCUGCAGCCUUUCAGCUCCUGGGAGCAGGACCGUAGCGAUGAUCUCACUGAACACAUAUCUCCCAGGCAGAAGAGGGACACUAACUCGGGCCUUUACACGGGAAAACGCUGCAGAAUGGAGUCCUGCUUUGACUUCUCACUGUGUGAGAGGAAUGGCUUUAAAGUUUACGUAUACCCCCAACAGAAAGGGGAAAAACUUUCAGAGAGUUAUCAGAACAUCUUGUCCUCUAUCGAAGGCUCCAGGUUCUACACAUCUGACCCAGGGCAGGCAUGCCUGUUUGUCCUGAGUUUGGACACUCUAGACCGGGACCAGCUCUCUCCCCAGUAUGUACACAACCUGAAAGCAAAAAUCCAGAGCCUCCCUCUGUGGAAUGGAGGCAAAAACCACAUCAUCUUUAAUUUAUAUUCUGGCACGUGGCCGGACUACACAGAGGACCUUGGCUUUGACAUUGGCCUUGCCAUGUUGGCCAAAGCCAGCAUCAGCACAGAGAACUUUCGGCCUGACUUUGACGUUUCAAUCCCUCUUUUCUCCAAAGACCACCCAAGGACAGGUGGGGAAAAGGGCUAUCUGAAAUACAACACAAUCCCCCCUUAUAGAAAGUACAUGCUUGUUUUUAAGGGGAAAAGGUACCUAACUGGAAUAGGUUCCGACACUAGGAAUGCUUUAUAUCAUAUUCAUAACUCAGAGGAUGUAGUCCUCCUCACCACCUGUAAGCAUGGGAAGGACUGGCAGAAGCACAAGGAUGCACGCUGUGACAAAGACAAUGCAGAAUAUGACAAGUAUGACUACAGAGAAAUGCUGUACAACUCCACAUUCUGUCUGGUACCUCGAGGACGACGGCUGGGUUCCUUUCGCUUCUUAGAGGCUUUACAGGCAGCUUGCGUGCCAGUGAUGCUAAGUAAUGGCUGGGAGCUUCCCUUCUCAGAGAUCAUCGACUGGAAUAGGGCAGCUGUUAUUGGGGAUGAAAGGCUGCUAUUACAGAUCCCUUCAACAGUGCGCUCCAUCCACCAAGAUAAGAUCCUCUCCCUGAGACAGCAGACACAGUUCCUGUGGGAGGCUUAUUUCAACUCUGUGGAGAAGAUAGUACUGACCACACUGGAGAUAAUUCAGGACCGGGUGCUGCUGCACACCUCAAGAAGUAACCUCAUGUGGAACAGUCUUCCUGGAGGUCUUUUCACCCUGCCUCAGUACUCCACCUCCCUGAGAGACUUUCCCUUCUACUACGCUAAGCUGGGUAUUAAGCCACCUUCUAAGUUUACAGCGAUCAUUCAUGUGGUCACUCCACUGGUCUCCCAGUCCCAGCCGGUCAUGAAGUUACUUGUCGCUGUGGCCAAAUCCCAGUACUGUGCCCAGGUGAUAGUUUUGUGGAACUGUGAAAAGCCUCUUCCUGCCAAGCACCGCUGGCCUGCCACAUCAGUCCCUGUUACUGUAAUAGAAGGAGAAAGCAAGGUGAUAAGCAGCCGCUUUCUGCCCUACAACACCAUCCCCACCGAUGCUGUACUCAGUCUGGACGAGGACACGGUGCUUUCCACUACAGAGGUUGACUUUGCCUUCACAGUGUGGCAGAGUUUCCCAGACCGCAUUGUUGGUUACCCGGCCCGUAGUCACUUCUGGGACAGCAACAAAGAGCGGUGGGGUUACACAUCUAAAUGGACCAAUGACUACUCCAUGGUGCUGACCGGGGCUGCUAUCUAUCACAAAUACUACCACGACUUGUACACCACCUACCUUCCAGCCAGUCUGAAGAUCAUGGUUGACCAGAUGUCCAACUGUGAGGACAUUCUCAUGAAUUUUUUGGUGUCGUUGGUGACUAAACUGCCACCUAUCAAGGUCACCCAGAAGAAACAAUACAAGGAAACCAUGAUGGGACAGAGCUCCCGAGCAUCUCGUUGGGCUGACCCGGACCAUUUUGCCCAGCGUCAGACCUGCAUGAACAAGUUUGCCAACUGGUUUGGCACCAUGCCCCUGAUCCAUUCUCAAAUGAGGCUGGACCCAGUCCUGUUCAAAGACCAGGUGUCCAUAUUGCGGAAAAAGUACAGGGACAUAGAGAGGCUAUAACCUUCCUGAGCCCCCCCGUUCUCUGGACACUACAAAGUAAGAGCGAGGGGGGCAACCAUACAGAGAUGCGCACAGCCUUUUCAGAGUUGCAUGGAUGGAUCAGUAGAGAAACAAAUGGGGUUUGGAACUGGGGAAAAAGAAACUGGAACAGAUGCGGCUGUGUCUUUUUUUUGUUCUUGGUACUUCCUCCGUGUCUCCUUUCUGACCUACUGUUAUGUGUACUGUAGAGACCUGACCACAAGGGUCCCACUAUUUACACUGACUACCACCUGCUGAAGCUCACCUGAGGAGCUAAAGGUUCUCGACCUUGAAGCAAAGCGGUCUUGGAGUCUGAAUUCACAGCUUGCUGCGUCAGUGUCCCAUCAGUGGCAAACCACUUCCAACCCCGCUGAAAGAGACAGGUCUGGUCUGUACACUAUGCACAGGAUUCUGAAAGUUUUUGCUGAUAGAAUAUUACUGAUAAUUAUGAAGAGGAUAACACUAUUUUGGGUUGUGUUUAGCUAUUUUUUUAUACAGUGGAUGAACGGCCAGCACUACUCUUUCUGUAUUGUCUUAAAACCAAUAGUUUAGAGUGGGUUAAGAGAGGAAACAAAGCCGCGACCACAGAAUUGAGUUACGAUCGUUGAUCUGACAUUCACAGUGCCUCACAGUUUUAUCUGAUGCCGUUGGGAUCUGGGAAUCUCCGAAAAAGACAUGGUGCAAAAUGAGCACUUUGAUCUUGCUGCUGUCGGUUUUAUUUUAUUUUGUUGGUUUCCCCCUGUCAUUUGUUAUUUUCUGUGUAAAUGAAAUCAUGGAACGUGGAGUAAAAUCUUCCUAGUCAGCUUUUAUAUAUUUUGUUGUAGCUCUUUCAUUCAUGCUUUCAUUCAUAUGAGCAAAAAAAAAAAGAAAAAAUCUGAUUCUUGUCAUGUGCUAUUCUGAUUACAUUCUCAUAGUAUAAUUAUAAUGGUGUUAAAGCCAACUUACACAACUAGAUUUGCAAAUGCAGGGAUAGAAAUCUCUCAUUAAAUCCAGGACUGUACUUCCCUGAGAGCUUUUUAGAAAGGAGUCUUCUUAAAUAACAAGCUAGGAUACUUGUACAUGUGUUUUGGCUAGAACAAUACAGCUUUGCCUUUGUUAGAACAGGUUUAGCAAACUGUAUGAGCCAACUACUUGAAACACAAACCACUGUGAAAAGGCAAGAAAAAAAACUUUUUGGCAAGAUUUAUAUAUAUGCCUAAAUCAUUUAAACCCUUUAUCUAAUUUAAAAAUGAUACUGAAGAGACUACCACUUUUCCCCACUUAGAAUAAAUAAAUAGGACGCGGAUAACAAACAUUUGCACCGAGCAUUUGCCAUAUUUCGAACAGGCUGGGUAGAAAUAUUCAACUUGGGGAAUGUCCUGGAGAUCCUGUAGUAAGGGAUUAUUCUCAAUGUUCCUUUUAAAGAAUACACACAAUCAAAAUCCUCUCUGAUAAUUACAGAUUUAAACUUGCCCUCAGAUUGGCAUUAUGACACUGUGCGUACCCCGCAUUUAACAAGUGUAAUCCAAAACAAAGACACUGGAAAGUAUUUUCCAUAAUUCAGUACGUCAGUCUGGUAAAUUACUUAUCUCCCAGCCUCUGCUACAUAUAUUAGUCUUCUAAAUCUGAGAGACAUAUCUAAUUUUCUGCAGUAAUAUAUGCUGACUGCCAAGAAGAAACCGGGAUUUUCUGCUUCUUUAUUAAACAAUUUCUGAUUGUUGGAUCCCAUUAGCAGCAUUUGAUUUUUGGUUUAUAUGUCAUAUCAUUUUAUCUAAAACGUUGUCACGUGUUGAUUUUUAGAAUGGGGCAUGUGUUUUUGAAUCACUGCAUCAUCCAGGCAAAAUGUAAUGCAAUUCUUUAGAACUCUAACCCCUUAACCCCUGUACAUCCUUUAAUAAUUUGUUUUUUUUUGUUUGUUUCUGUUAGUUUUUUUUAAAAAAAGAAGAUCAAACAUAUGAUUAGUUUGAUAAGCUCCUCGGCCCUUCACAGAACCCAGUUUGUUUGUGCCAAUACAAGCAUUAGUUUUUUUCCAUUUCCCUUUCUCAUAUGAAGAACUCCAUGCACCUUCUCAUAUUUAUUUGGUCCAGCAGGUGUUUUUUUUUUCUGUCUAUAUGGGAAUGUGACAAAAAGGAAGGGGAAGUCCAAAGAUCAGGGUGCUGCAUGGUAUUUUUCACUUCAGAGAAUGUGCUAUCAGCUUGACAGUAAAUUUAAAAAACAAAAAACAGAAUUGCAUUUCUGAAAUAAACUCGGUGCAAUAUAUAUAAGGUGACAUUUUCUCUAUCUUUUUCUUUUCUCUGCCCUUGUGUUAAUAUCUGAGAGGGCGAGAGGUUACAUAUUGAUGUGCCUUCAGAAGAAAUACUGUCAUGAGUUUAAAGUUUUCCUCAUCUGCCUUUUGCUUCGUAGUGUUUUUUUUUUUCCUUUAUCAAAAUCCAGUAACUCAUAGUGGCAGCCUAAAUGAUAUUGUUCAACACUGGAAUGCUAUAACCACACAUCUGAUACAAACAUUCCUGCCUUUUCUGUAAUAGGAUCAUUUUUCAAUGUCUUCUUGAACUCAUCCUGACACGCACACUGCCUUGUAUUACUGUACUUGCGAAUUCCCCCCAAAAUCCUCCUCCUUCCCAGUUGUCAUAGCGGUAGUAGUACAUGUAAUACACAUACUGUAAAUUUUCACACGCGGUAUUCAUCUGACAGGAUUGUGACCUGAAUGAAUCUCUGCCUGCUUCCUUCACUCUCUUCUGUAACUGCAGACCUAAUUUUAUAGAGAUUAAACUGGAAAGAUAGUGGAAAAUUCUGAAUUUUGUAAAAUGAAUUUUAUAAAAACAAAUCAGGG